UUACAGAUAUACGACAAUGAUUCACCGAAAGGACAAGCAAACAAAACACUUUGUGGUCACGGAAACUUCACAUUCAUUUCCAGUGGACCCGCUGUUGUCAUUCAGUUUAUAUCAGACGAGUCCGUGAAUGGAACUGGCUUCAACGCUUCCUGGAAAGUUGAAAAAGAAGAACCUACAACAAUCCGCUCGAUAACCACAGUCUUCAAUACACAAUCCUCACACACUGGUUUCGAAGGUAAGUUGAGACCUAAAUUUAUGAGUUAUAUUUUAAAGAAAGAAUGAUUGGUAUGACAUUCAAAUCUAUGAUCUAAAUAUAUGAUAUGAUUGUAGAAGCAACCACCGUCUUCGACACCCCGACCUCUCAUACUGGCUUAAAAGUUUGGCUGAUCGUUGUUAUUUCCUCGGGAAGUGUUGUGUUUGUGCUGUUGGUUAUCGUUCUCAUUUGCUGCUGGAGGCGACACCAACGGCCAAGGGAGGAGAUCAAAGAGGAGUACGUGUUUACUAAUACAGAAUUCGACAGUAAUGAAAUAAUCACUACAUGUGACAAAAGGCACGGCAGUCCCUUAACAACCGAUUCAAACAGACUUGACAAAAUCAUGGAAACUUAUGAAACGGUACCCAGUGAACUUUUAUCAGCGGAUAGUACCCAACCGCAAAGAGCAGCUUUUAUUUCUCCAAACGAUGAUUUUACACACGAUGCUUAUAACAGUUUGAAUGCAACUUUGAACAAUACUUUCGCUAGCCAAACAGACAAUGUGUACAACCAUAUAACAAAGGAUGAAACGGAAUACUCAGUGUCAGUAGGUUUUAAAACACCUACGAAAACUCAGAUAAAAUGUUCGGACAAUGUUUACAAUACGCUCCACAAAACCGAGGAAAAGCUCUAUGAUCACGCCGAUGUGUCUGGUAAACCGGACAAACGUACUGAGAAUCCGAGUGAUGAAACUUACAAUCAGCCUGCACGCACAACGGAUAAUGAGUAUGACAGCACCUGUUCGCAUACACGUGUGGCCGAUGACUGUGAAUAUAAUUAUAUUAGCAAAUGAAUAGACAAGUUAUUAUUCUGCAAACGGAAAAUCGUAGUUUCGUCCUAAUACUCACUUAUUCCACGUUCAUGUUCAAUGGCCAAAUACAUAUUCUAGAUAACAUUUUAAACUAUACUCAAGAUAUGACAUUCAAGAACUGGAGAGAGGUUUCAAAAAGCUAACAAUGUAUUUUUUGCAAUGACUGACACAUAUGAUCUUGAUCCGUAAGUGAGCUGAUCUCUAUGUGAAAACGAGAAUGCAAAUUGAUCUUUUUUAGCAAAUUAUGGAAUUAUAUCACAGCCAGUGAUAUUACUACAAUUAAUCGUCUUCAACUUUUCAUUUUCAAGAAAGGAUUUUAUUGUCGAAAUAGAUCCGACAGGUUUGAGUCCAUGCAAGGGGAAGUACAAGUUGCAUUUAUAAUUAAUAAUUAGAAAAUCGCUUUUCUUAAUUCGACUCUAAUAUACCACCUAAAACAUUUCCUUAGUAUGAUAUUUUCACAAACAGAAAGAUACAUGUUUUCCUGACAUUUGCAAAAUAGUAUGAGAAUUUAAACAUCAUAUUUGUAUAAACGAAGUGUACCCUGAACUAAGAGAACCUUUUAUGUAACAAUGGAUAAAUACUGUAAAACGUCUCGUGCUUUCAAUGACAAAAAGAACCUUGUCAGAGGAACUUGAAAGGCGGAAUUUCAUUGCCGACAUCAAUCAGUUGGGCGCCAACCUAUCCGAGGAAGUAUUGUUGUUGAACGAUGAAACAUUCUCCCUGGCACUUCUUGGUGCAGAACUGUCAGGGAAAGACAGUCAGGAUUUGGGUCAAAACGUAUUGAAGUGAUUAUAUAUAUUAUUUAUACCUGUCUGAAUGUCUACAAAAAUACAAAUACAAUAAAAC